ACAGAUCCAAAACAAUAUCUCGACCUGCUGAGCUGCUGAGAAGCUAGAAAGAAAUCUCGGAUAGAAAAUGCGAAUUUUAUCGAUGUUUUUUAAACAUUUCAACGUGGAAUAUCUCAUGACUCGAUAGUGUAUCUACUGUUCCAUAGUGUUUUCUGGUUUUCUACAAUCAGUUGUCCGUAAAUUGAGUGAUAUAUUGUAAGAAAUACAAGGUGGUUUGAAACCCAGCUGCUGAGCUGAUUGUGUAGGGGAAAUUCGAGAGCGGAAAUAUCCACUGCAGCUGAGCUGCACUAUACACUACUGUACAUGUACUGGAGUACUGCUGGUACCUGGAGAACUACUAAUCUAAAUUGAUCUGCUGAAAACUGUUCGAGGUAAUAAAGUAAAGAUAUUGCUGUAUUUGCUGAAAAGGACUAAUUACAGAAUCGGCUGGAAGGAGAGCCCCAUUCACAUCAUUAUUGGCAAACUUUGCUGAAGUGUAAGCUAGAGUGAAGAGUUUCAAUGUGAGGGCUGGACCACCUAGUGCACUGUCAGAGGAAGUGGAGAACAUUUCAACCAUGGAGAUGUAUAACGACUACGGUCAGCCAGACAUUUUUAGCAACUUGACAAAUCCUGAACAUGCCCUCCAGUCUCCGAAUGCCCUCCUGCUCUCGGCUUCACAGAAUAUCUUUAUGUAUGAGCAGGAUAAUUACAACCCAUCCAGUACUAAACAGGAGCCGGCCCCGGCUAAACCCGCCUGUUUGAGCCUCAGUGACAAUGUCUUUGAGUUCCCCAACCCGGAGGAGAUGGCCCAGCUGGGAUGUAGUCCAGUGGUGGACGAUUGCUGGCCUGAGACGCCCCUCCUGGCAGGGUCCCUUGAUGGCUCCCUCAACGAUAGCGGCUUGUGCUUCAGCUGGGAUUUGAGCGAUGACGACCAGGAAGGGGUUUUCCCGAUUGAAGCCAGUCCGUUCUGUUCUGCACCGACCCUGGCAGAACUGAACCUUGAGGAUUCACAGUCUGUUGAUAAUGACAUGGCUGUAAAGAGGAAGGCAGAGGACCUGUCGGUCCAGUCUUCUACAGCCACGAUGCCAUUGGGCAAGCAGGAGAUGUCGUUGUCACCGCAGAGCUGGAAACGGGUCAAGACAGAGGCUGUGGAGUUAGCCAGUGUAGAAAAGAGGACCAAGACAUCUGAUGGACUUAAAAUGAGUAGCCCAAGACCAGGCUUGUCCAGGAAAUCCUCCAAAACAAAGACAUCGAGACCUCUCAUGCCAAAGAAUGGCAGAACACAUAAUGAGACCUCCAAAGUUCCUGCAGAUGCAAAGAAGUCUGUUUUGUCUCUCAGGAAAGUGCAUCCCUCCAAGAUAGAUUUCACAGAGUUAUUCUGGAAGCGCUACAGGAGCAGAGAAACGAUUCCGUCCCCCACCAAAGAGAUGUCUCGCAGUGAACUGCUAGCCAGGACUCCUAACCCAUUUGGCAACAGGAGAUUCCUUGGAAGGAAUGCAAAUCUGAAAGCCAAAACCCAGCACCACCCACCAACCGCCAAGUUGGCCCAGACCCCUAAAUCAGUUGCAAGGACAGUCAAGUCCAGGACAAAUCACAAGGUCAGGACUAAGAAACUUAGUGCAGUGGUCCAAAAGAAGACCAGGAACAUGAUGUCGUUGCCCUCUCUCACUUCAGACGAUUCGAGCCAGGACAGUCUCUGGAAGGAUCUGAAGGUAUUCAUGUAUGGUGAUCACGACAUCAAGAGGAAUAAGAAGAAAGAUAUCCCUCACAGGACUCUAAGUCUGCCUGAACCUGAUAUGAAAUCAGAAUCGAGUAAAUCACCUCGGACCAACAUGAGCAGUGAUCCAGGCUUUGAUUCUCAUGACGAGGGUCUGGGCAGUGAAAACGAAGACCAUGAUGACUUUGGGAGCGAUGAUUCUGAUGAUGACGAUGAUGAUGACAUCCCUGAUGAUGGCAGUGAUAUCUCGGAUGACCCUGGGUUACCAUCAACGAGCACGAAGCACUCCCCUGGUUCCUUGGCCACCAGACGAAGACGGGUCAAGACGCGACGCAGCGAGUACGACGACUUCACCCCGAACCCUCGUAAGCUCCUGAACAUUGGCCACGAGCUUAACAAGCUGAACCUGACGAUCAGCUCGCUGUGUCCCGGUAACGAGGCAUCCAACGAUGAGAAGAACCAGACGAGAAGGGAGAAGAACAAGUUGGCAUCAAGGGCAUGCAGGCUGAAGAAGAAGGCACAGCACGAGGCGAACAAGGUCAAACAUUGGGGACUCAUUGAGGAAGCAAAGCAAUUGAAGCUUGUUCUAGGGAGCAUGAGGAAAGAGAUGACUGGUCGUCUAGAGAGACCCAAGGCAUCAUGGGAUUUCAGCCUUGGAGCAAAGCUGGAUCAUCUCAUCAAGAAUUCACUUGGUCACAUGGUGUCCGGGCAUACAUCCGAGUUUGUGAACUCCGUCUUGGAGAAGACCGCCAAGGGAAUCCCACUCUCACAUUUGAAGCCAAAGGUCACUUGAACCUUGACCUGAACUUUGACCCGUCUCCCUCUUGGAGAAGACGGCCAAGGGAAUUCCACUCUCACAUCUGAAUUCAAAGGUCACCUGAACCUUGACCUGAAUUUUGACCCCUCUCCGUCUUGGAGAAGACGGCCAAGGGAAUCCCACUCUCACAUCUGAAACCAAAGGUCACCUGAACCUUGACCUGAACUUUGACCCCUGUACCGUUUCUGUACUUCUUCUGAUCAAUUUCUUUGUUAUGUUUGAUGAGUGGAGCAGCAGAAAUGUUUGUUGUAAAAUGUGAACACAAGCUAAAUAUUUCAACCCAAACAGGAGAAAUGGUCUCUAAUAUUCAUGUUUGUUCCUGAUCAAGAGUUCGUCAAUAUCUUAUCCCAUUUUUUUCAGUAUCCCUGAAAGCAUAGUUUAGAUGUUCGCUAUAAUUCUUCAUGUAAGAAUAGGGCUACUGUUAUAUUUGUUUCUUACAAGUUGAGAAAUAUUUAUUGGCUGUAACAUACGUCCCUUUGUGUAUAUCCCGUAGUACUUGUGAAAUUAAAAAACAAUACACUAGAAAGUAGACAUUAUAUCAGAUGGAGAUUGUAAUGAUCACAUACAGAAAAGAUUUAAAUCAAACAUGAUUACUCAGUGAUGUGUCCAACAUUUUCGGAGGACUUUUCAGCUUAACAUAAUGUACAAGUACUACAGAAUUACAUGUUUUGUUCUGAUAGUUUCCAUUGGAAAUCUUGUUAGAGAUUGUGUGCUUUUUGUACAUGACAGAUGCCUGCCAUAUUCAGAAGGCAUGUCACUUUGAUUUUUAAUAAGAUUAACCAUAAAUUAGUUGUUUUUGUCUAAUUAUUGCAGAGUGUUGUUUUCCCAAGCCUGUGCCCCUGCAGUAAUGAUUUGACUUUUGAUAGAAAAGACAUGCCUACAGUGUACUGUGAAAUGGCGUGUGAAGCAAACGACUGAUGUUUGUGUUUAAUUAUGGCAAAGUGCAGUUUUUUUUAAGUCUGUCACCUUUCGUUCAUUAUGUGACUAGUAGAAAGGACAUGCCUGUAGUGCAUUCUAGGAUGGCUAUAGGAUCAUGUAAGGGGGAAGAAACAUGAGCCAUGUGUAUAGUGUUUCUUAUCCCUUCUGAAAUCAAGCUGAGCUGUCGAGUGUACUAUAUAUACUCUGCACAAAUGACUAUCUUUAAAGUCUGAGCUUCUUACCCUGCUCAAAGUGCUUUGCCCUUAACAUGAUAUUAACUAUUUCCUGUGUUUUAGUUAGUAACUAACAAACCCUAUGUUAUUAUAUUCUAUCCCUAAUCCCUCCAAAGAAGAUUUGAUCAAGUUCAAUUUGCGUGUACUCUCCUGAUAACACAAGAGAGUCAGCAUAGAAAUUCUGAAGAUGAUAUUUUUGCCUGUGUAGCAACUAUAGAUUAGAGAGUUGAUAAUUUGUUAUUUGAUCAAGACCAUAUAUAUAUAUACAUAUAUAUAUAAAAGUGCGAGAAUUCUUGCAUUUCUUGCUUACUCAUUCAUGAGGGUCCAUGAUAAUCGUGCUCCCGUCCCAUGAAAUCUUUGGUAAAAAAGCUUUAAAUACCAUAUAUGUAGUCAGGAAUAUUAAAUAUUUGAUUGGAGUUUAUAUAUGAUGCUUAAUUAUGUAACUUGCUAAUAAACAUAAAAGUAAAUACUAUCAUAUUCUUGUUAAAGUUAGUGCCUUAGAAAAGAAAAGGAGAGAGUAUGAUCAUGAAUAUAGAGUGUGUUUUUUAUCAGAAUAUCCUUCCUAUACAUUGUAGCUAAAAGAGGGGGGUUACAAACAUUUUGAGUAACAGCCUUCCCCCUUUUCGAAUGGGGGGGGGGAGAAUAUAAUUUAAAAUCUGUUAUGAUGGUAAUUAUAAAAAAAAGUAGAGAGACUUCAUUUAUUGAUCUUAUUCUGAUCUGAUCCCUCUCAUAGGAAGAUCAAAGAAGUUGAGGAAACUAAUUAGUGUUUACUAGCUUUUAUAGUGUAACAAAAAGUAUUAAUGAAAAGCAAUAUACAUGUAUGAAACAAAUGGUUAAAUUAGCUGUAGCUAGAAAAGGUGUUUAAAACAGAAGACAUAUUUUCUGACUGGUCAUUGCUGAACAUUUUAAGAAGUAAAAGUAGGUAAAAGUCGAUAGAAAACAAAGAAGAAGUCAUAUUGAUGUAGAUUAUUGGUGGUGUCAUUAUAAUAUUUCAGUAUUUCCUUUAUUACUGCGGGCAGUGAUUGUGUAUAGUUCCUCUUCGCCAUCAAAGACAUACAAUUGGUGCUAAACUUUCAGAUUAUUUUAACUGUUAAUAGUGUGUAAAAACUAUAGGGGCGAAAUGGGUUUCUCUAUGUUACAGAGUUAAGUGAAUCAUGUAGAUUUGGUGUGAUUUGAUGUGUAUUUUUUAAGUGUUUUGUAUCCUCUUUUUAAAUUGUAAUCAUUUUCUUAUCCUCUUGAAUCUAAUGUGAAAUAUUGUAGAUGUGUAAAAGGCUCUUUUAAAAAACUUUUUUGUGAAUUAAUUAGCUUUUCAAUUGUACCAGCAGCAUUUUGAAAUCUGUCUGGAUCUCCACAAGCCUACACAGAAAUACUUUUAUUGGGACUAUAGUUGAGCCAAUAAUAGAUGUACAUCCAAAUCUUCAACAACUACAAGAUAAUUGUUUUUGUUUGGAUAAUUGUUCCAGAAUUUUGGCAAAUACAUUUUCACUGUUAGGAAUGUUGAUGAAAAAAAGCUCUCUCGAUAGAUAUAAUAUUUUACCUUGUUACUCAGAAAUGUUGCUCUUUACAUUGAAAGAGUCUCAAGUGAGACGACAGACAUUUGGUGUAGUCCAUGCUUUGAGUAUUUACAUAUGACAGUGAAAUGUUAAUGUAAUGUUCAGUAUAAUCAUAUACACAUCUACACUAUAUAAUGUUUUACAUGGAUAUCAGUGUAUUGGUGGCAAGCAGUGUACCACAUGUGGUAUGUACAUGUCUAGCUAUGAUUGUGUAUCACUGUAUGUGAGCGAUGGUCGGAUUAUAUGACUAAGUUAACUGGUGAUGUAUCUGUUCCUCAGCUUUGAAACGCAUUAAAUGAAAUCCAUACCACUUGGAAAUUCUGUAGCCAAAAUGGACUCGGAACUGGGCUUGCUGACUCUAUUUUUCAGUUGAAGUGCAGUGUUGUUGUCUUUUCUUUUAACUAUCUUGACAACUGUAUUCAAGUGAUGUCAAAGUACUUUUCACAAAUUGUCUUGAGUUUCAUUUUGUGGCACACUUUAAAUUUACUCUGAAUAUUAUGUGUAUAAAUUCACUGACAGUCGGUCUAUACAUAUUGUGGUUCUUGUAAUUUUUUUGAAAUUUCAAAUUUGUUGAGUGUAGUAAUUGUUAGGUUUAAUAUUGAUGUAGAGUUUAUGUUCUGUAAGUUUCUUUUAGAUGUAGUGAAGGUUGUGUAAUUUGGAGUUGUACUUUUUGGAAAUGAGAAUUAAUGCAUAAAGUAAGUAGUUCAUCUGUAAUCUAGAUGGUUGCAUGAGGCAUAAUGAAGUUAAAUAAUGAUCUCAUGAUUAGGUAUUGGUAGAGCGCCUUGAAUAUUUUACGUAUGAGCUCAACAUUCAAUAAUCAGAAAUUACAUUGUAUUAUUGUUAUUCCUGUUAUCAUUAUUAUUAUUAUUAUUAUGUCACUUUAAACUGCAACAGUCAUAUGAAAAAAGUAGCAUUCAUUGCGACUCUUAAGAAUUCAAAUCUGGAAUUUGUUCUUAUGUGAGCAUAUUUCUGAAUAUAUUAGGUUACAGUAUUCUGUGGCCAUUUAAUCAA